CAUCCACCAGUCACGCCGUUUGGGUUGGAGCCGGUGUAUGUGUGUGCGCGCGUGUGUAUGCGUGUGUGUGUGUAUGCGUGUGCGUGUGUGUGUGUGUGUGUGUGUGUGUGCGUGCGUGUCGCGCGCGCUGGCAUCGCGCAGGAGCUUUAAAGCCGAGUUGAGCGCUCAGGAGGAGGAACACUGAGAGACCAGGCUCCCUGACUGUACAGUAUCUAUAAAAAACUCAGCCCCAGCAGCAGUGAGUGAUUAAUGGAGGUCAGUCUGCUGGAGCUGCUCAGUGUGGAGGUGAACUGCAGCCUCGCGGACGCGUUUGGAGACGCUGCGUACGGAAACGCGUCAGACGCUCUGUACUGCAACGCCACGGCGGAUGAGAUCGGCACGUGCUGGCCGAGCAGCGGCGCGGGGAGAGUGGUGGCGCGGCCGUGUCCCGACUUCAUCAACGGGGUCAAGUACAACAGCACCAGGAGCGCGUAUAGAGAAUGCCUGGAGAACGGCACAUGGGCUUUCAAGAUCAACUACUCCAGCUGUGAGCCCAUUUUAGAGGAAAAGAGAAAGUACCCAGUGCACUACAAGAUCGCUCUGAUCAUCAACUAUUUGGGACACUGCAUAUCUGUAGGUGCUCUCGUCAUCGCCUUCAUUCUCUUCCUGUGCUUGAGGAGCAUUCGGUGUUUGCGGAACGUAAUUCACUGGAAUUUAAUAACCACCUUCAUCCUGAGGAACAUCAUGUGGCUUCUGCUACAGCUCAUCGACCACAACAUCCACGAAAGGAACGAGCCGUGGUGUCGCCUCAUAACCACCGUCUAUAAUUAUUUUGUGGUGACGAAUUUUUUCUGGAUGUUUGUUGAGGGCUGCUAUCUUCACACGGCCAUCGUCAUGACCUACUCCACCGACAAGCUCCGGAAGUGGGUCUUCCUCUUCAUCGGGUGGUGUAUUCCGUGUCCGAUCAUCGUCGCGUGGGCCGUCGGGAAGCUGUACAACGAAAACGAACAGUGCUGGUUUGGAAAAGAACCCGGGAAAUACAUGGACUACAUUUAUCAGGGUCCUGUGAUUGUUGUUCUGCUGAUAAACUUCGUGUUCCUGUUCAACAUCGUACGCAUUCUCAUGACGAAGCUGCGAGCCUCCACCACGUCAGAGACCAUACAGUACAGGAAAGCGGUGAAGGCAACGUUAGUGCUGCUUCCUCUCCUCGGCAUCACGUACAUGCUGUUCUUCGUCAAUCCGGGGGAUGAUGACAUCUCACAGAUUGUCUUUAUUUAUUUCAAUUCCUUCUUGCAGUCCUUUCAGGGUUUCUUCGUCUCGGUGUUUUACUGCUUCCUCAACGGUGAGGUACGCUCUGCGGUAAGGAAACGUUGGCACCGGUGGCAGGAUAACCACGCCCUCCGUGUUCGGGUUGCCAGGGCGAUGUCCAUCCCAACAUCACCUACUCGCAUCAGCUUCCACAGCAUUAAACACACCACCGCUGUGUGACACACACACACACACACACACACACACAUAUCUUUACCAUAAGUGUGUAAUACUACAGUGUAAUGUUAGCAUACAGCUCUAACAGGUAACACACACACACAAAUACACCCUUACACACUCGGAACAGGAAACACACACCCUUACACAGCUGGAACAGGAAACACACACUGUUACACACUCAGAACAGGAAACACACAAAUACACCCUGGGAACAUGAAACACACACCAUUACACACUGGGAACAGGAAACACACACCAUUACACACUGGGAACAGGAAACACACACCAUUACACACUCGGAACAUGAAACACACACCAUUACACAGCUGGAACAGGAAACACACACUGUUACACACUGGGAACAGGAAACACACACCAUUACACACUUGGAACAGGAAACACACUCACCCUUACACACUCGGAACAGGAAACACACACCAUUACACACCUGAAACAGGAAACACACACCAUUACACACUCAGAACAGGAAACACACACCAUUACACAGCUGGAACAGGAAACACACACUGUUACACACUGGGAACAGGAAACACACACCAUUACACACUUGGAACAGGAAACACACUCACCCUUACACACUCGGAACAGGAAACACACACCAUUACACACCUGAAACAGGA